AUUUACCAACUCACACUUUUUUAUUUAUCUAUUUAGUUAUUGUUCACCAACAUUAGGUAAAGAUUUUACAAGAGAGCGGUGGCGAUUGAGAAACUAGAAAAAAUCGCUAACUAACAACCAAUGACGAUUUGGGUGCGUUGAAGAAAGGUAAAAGAAAGUUGAUGAUCUCUGUCUAGUUAAUCCAUAUGUGGAUCAAACAGAACUUCCUCGGCAAAACUCUGGAGAUGGUUUUUUUUUUGUGAUUCAAAGGGUUAUAAGAUAUCGGCAACUAUGUUGCCAUAUCUGGUCAAAAAAAUCAAUGAUGAUGUUCAUGAAAGUCAUUGGUAUUCUAUUAGUUGGUUUGAUGUCAAAGAUGUCGUGGGAGACGUUCGAAUUGGAUUUUAUGAUAACAGAAUCGAGAUUCUUCCCGACACAAUUAUUAAAACUCCAUGGGAAUCUUCUAAUUACUCAUCUCUUCAUUGCAUCAAUUUCUAUGAUAUCUUGACGGGUGCUUGUGACUCUCGAUAUUUGGUUGAUGUUAUGUUGUUGGAGUUGUUCCCAGUGUACUUGAAGCUUAAUGAUCAUUAGAGCUUGGGAUAGUUUGCUAUCGCAUGUGGCCGGUUUGAGAUGGUGUUUCCGUUGAUAGUUUUGAGUUUAUUAUCGUGUUUAAAAAACUUGGUUAAUUUUUAAUCUGUAUUGUAUAAUAAACCUUAUUAUUCUAUUUGUAUGUUAUUUCGAGUGUUUUUUGUAUGAUCAAACUUAAAACUUCUAGCAUGUGUUAUAAAUUCGGUAUGUCUAUAUUCUAAUAGGUUAUUAAUUCG